CGUCGCGCAGGAAGGACCGCAUUUCGUUGCCGUUUGCUCUUUACAAGCUCGACUAACCCGGUCCGUGGACACAGCAUCCCGUCAAGAUUGGGUUUACGUCCCACCUUUUUUAGUGCAUAGUGUGGUUUGUUGUGAUAUUUUAAGCUUUCCGUGUAUCCUUCGCCGGUUCGUUUCCCUCUCAACGAAAAUGCCUACUUGGACACAAAUGCAGUCACAACUACGCAACCCCAAUAAUCCAGUUGUUUUCAUGGAUAUUACUGUUGGAACAGCGGAAAUUGGACGGAUGGUAUUUGAACUGUACGCCGAUGCUGUGCCUAAAACGUGCGAAAACUUCCGCCAAUUCUGUACGGGCGAGUUCAAAAAGGACGGUGUACCGAUCGGUUACAAAGGUUCCAGUUUUCAUCGUGUCAUUAAAGAUUUCAUGAUACAGGGAGGAGAUUUUGUGAAUGGCGAUGGCACCGGUGUUAUGAGCAUAUUCGGCACUCCAACCUUUCCCGACGAACACUUCCUGCUGAAACACGAUGCACCCGGCCUGCUGUCGAUGGCCAACAGUGGGAAGGAUACGAACGGUUGUCAGUUUUUCAUCACUUGCUCCAAGUGCAACUUUCUCGACUACAAACACGUUGUGUUCGGCCGCGUCCUAGACGGGCUAUUGAUUAUGCGGAAGAUUGAAAACGUCCCUACCGGGCCGAACAAUAAGCCUAAACUGCCAGUAGUCAUAUCGCAAUGUGGUCAGCUGUAGCAUUCCUAGGUGUGUAUGAAAAAAAAUCAUAUUACUAAUUGAAAAGAGGUAUAAGAAAAUCUAAAACAAGCAGAUGCAUACACCAGUUUCAUGCGGGUGGUGCGGCUAAAAUGAUUUACCACCCAUCGAUCGAAGUUGCCCUUGAAACAGUGAAUUGUAUUUAUUAAAAGGUCUGCAGCAUUUACAAAGAAUAAAUAGUGUCCGCAACUCA